UUUAUAUUCAUUUUGAUGCCCACAGAGCCGCGCUCCUUGAGCGUGCGGGAAAUGGAAUUGAUAAAAAAAAAGGAUUUCAUGAUGUCGCCGUACAAGUCGGAAAGGGACAAGGUCAUUAAAAUCCACCGAUGGAACGUAAGGGUAUUUUUCAAACUGUUGGACACUUUGGAAACGUUUUUCACAAAAGACAAAUGCUGCCGACUGGCCGACAAUUACUUGGUAGCCAUGGUUUUCACUUACUUUUUACGAGGCUCGCUCGAAGCGGACGAGUACACAAGGGACAACUUUUUCGCGGCACUGUUGCUCGCCUACAACAUGGAAGAGGACGAGGGCGAGUUCUUGAUGUUGGAGCUGGAAGAAUGGCUCGAGUGCUCGAUUCCAGAUUUGAAACGGUUGCGCUCGGAGCUUUUCCAGCGUAUCGAGUAUCGCGGCGCGGUAUCGCGCUUCUGCUGCGAAAUUGUCAUGAGACACGCCAAGCCCGAGCACAAGGUCUGGCAGAGGUGCCGGCACGUUUAUCAUUCGGGUGUUGUUAACGUCAAAUCUUUUUUUAUUGGACAGUUUAAGGAGGAGGACAUUUGUGGCAUUUGCGAAGGAAAAAACGAUUGUGAAAAUUCAUAUUACGAGAGAGGAAAAGAAGAGGAAAUAGAAACAGAAGAGGAAGAAAAAGAGAGUACAUAA